GAAAUUUAAAAAAAUAAAUAAAAAUAAAAAUAAAAUAUGCAUUGAGUUCGUUCCUUCUACGCUCACUUUUCAUCUCGCGCAUUCGCAUUCGACUAAUAACAAUCACUCCACCGAACCCAAACCAAAAUUCAAUAAUCGGAAAUCAAUCGCAAUCAAGAAAAAGAAGAAGAAGAUGUUGCGGGUUGCGGCAAGGAGGCUGUCUUCUCUCUCUCCUUUCCAGUGGAGGCCCAACGUCCAAGCUGCCACCGCCUCUUCCCUAUUUUCUCGGAACCCCAUCAACGACGCUGCCGAUCAUUCCUCUUCGCCUUUCGACGACCUCAGAUCCUUCUCUUUCACACUCCGCUUCCCUAUCCCUUCCAGAGGUUUUUCUUCUGAUUCACUGACCCCAUCAAAGGACAACAGUGUAGUUCCAGACAUUCCUGCAACUGUAGCAGCUGUUAAGAACCCUACCUCAAAGAUAGUAUACGAUGAAUACAACCAUGAGCGUUACCCUCCUGGUGACCCCAGCAAGCGUGCCUUUGCCUACUUUGUCCUUACAGGUGGUAGGUUUGUGUAUGCUUCAGUUAUUCGUCUCCUUAUCCUCAAAUUUGUGCUCAGCAUGUCAGCCAGUAAGGAUGUUCUUGCUCUUGCCUCGCUUGAAGUUGAUCUCUCCAGCAUUGAGCCUGGCUCUACUGUAACUGUUAAGUGGCGAGGAAAGCCAGUCUUCAUUAGGCGCCGAACUGAGGACGACAUCAAGUUGGCAAACAGUAUUGAUGUUGCUUCUCUUCGAGACCCACAGCCAGACGCCGAGAGGGUUAAAGACCCUGAAUGGCUUGUUGUUGUUGGGGUCUGCACACAUCUGGGCUGCAUUCCUUUGCCAAAUGCCGGUGACUUUGGUGGAUGGUUUUGCCCAUGCCAUGGUUCUCAUUAUGACAUAUCUGGAAGGAUUCGUAAGGGCCCAGCACCGUACAAUUUGGAGGUACCCACAUAUUCUUUCUUGGAUGAGAACAAGUUACUUAUUGGCUGAAAAUCCUAGAGUUGGUCUUAGCGAGCUUUGUUACUGGUGUUCUCUGAAAUUUUUUAAUUUACUCGGAUAAUGUCGAAGAUUUUCCAUAGACAUCUUUGUUAUCGGCCCUUUUCUUAGUGGGCUGGUUAGAAAUUUUAACUUGGAUAUUGUAUUUACUGCUGGACGGUCUUCCUAUGGAUGUUCAAUAAAUUGCCCAGCAUUUGCUGAGCAUAAAUGCUGUUGAAA